GCGAGGCAGGGCCAGACGUGUCCCGCGGUGCGCGUGCGUCUGAGCGUCGCGUGGGUGUCCCCGCGGGGCCUAAAGGCCUUGACAUCAUGGACUGUUGCCGGGGGUCCCAGCCCCGCAGGAGGGACGAGCCCGCAUGCGGGCGGGGCGGGGCGGGGCGGGGCCUGCAGUGAGGUCGCCGGCGACUGGCGGCUCUUCCUCGGGGGCGGCGACGCGGCGUGGUCACUGCGGGGCGCACGGAGGGACGGCCGUGCUAUCAGACCCGAGUUGCAGGGGCUGGAGAGCGGCCGCAGGAACACAGCGCCUCCAGUUGACCAGGAGCUCCGGGAGGGCAGGGGGUUGUCCCACCUGCUCUGUGCCCUGCCCCAGCCCUGGCCUGAGUUGAAUCAAGGACCAACUGCUCUCCACAUCCCUGCUCCCACUCUGCCCUCUGGCCCCCGGCCAUGACGCCCCUGCUCACCCUGUUCUUGGUGGCCCUGGUGGGCCUUCCUGUGGCCCAGGCUCUGGACUGCCAUGUGUGCGCCUACAAUGGGGAGAACUGCUUCAACCCCAUGCGCUGCCCGGCCAUGGUCUCCUACUGCAUGACAACGCGCACUUACUAUACCCCGACCAGGAUGAAGGUGAGCAAGUCCUGUGUGCCCAGUUGCUUUGAGACCGUGUACGACGGCUACUCCAAGCACGCAUCCACUACUUCCUGCUGCCAGUAUGACCUCUGUAACGGUGCUGGCCUCGCCACCCUCGCGACCCUGGCCCUGGCGCUUAUACCCUUGGCCACCCUCUGGGGUCUGCUCUAAAACCAGAGAGGGCAAAGCAUAGCCCCACCCUCUCCCCCGACACCCCCACCCUCCCUCUGCCCUCCCCGAACCCCCCAGCCACACCCAGGACUGUCUGCAAGAGGACUGUUGACCUCCCCCAGCCACCCUGGGGUCUGCUUCCCAUUUGUAAUCUGGUUUCCUAAAGGCUGAUGGUUUCCUAAAGGCUGACUACACCUCCCAA